AUGGCGGACACCGAGCGGAUUGUGCGCACCUGCGAAGGGUGUCAAUAUUACACUUGGCAAACCCACCUGCUGGCGCAAGCACUCCAGACGAUCCCCAUCACCUGGUCGUUUGCGGUCUGGGGGCUCAAUCUAGUCGGGGCCCUCAAGAAAGCACCCGGGGGCUACAUGAAGUGGAUUGAAGCUCGGCCGAUCAUGACAAUCGGGUCCGAGCAGGCCAUGGAAUUUUUCCUCGACAUCAUCCACUGCUUUGGAGUCCCGAACUCCAUCAUCACGGAUAACGGUACGCAGUUCACAGGGAAGAAAUUUCUCAAAUUUUGCAACGAUAACCACAUCCGCGUCAACUAG